UUUGUGUGUGCUACUAAAUCAGCUCAUUCUUUGUGUGCAGCGGACAGGUGUGCGCGUACUAGUGAUGUUAAAGGGACCCCGCCAAAUUCUGAUAUUUUUUUCCUCUUACCUGUCCUGUAGUGCAGUUUAUAUACAGUCAGAUCUAAACGACAAAAAAAAAGUUCCUAUACGUGAAACUGCUCGUAACAAGCCUCUGUGGACUAUCUCGAGUAACCAGCUCAUGGGUUCUGAAACCUCCAUGCCCGAGCCGGGAGCUGCUCCGCGGCGGAGCCCGCAGGGAGUCCCCUACACCGACCUGCAGCACAUCGUCAACGCCGACGGACUGCACCUGUUCUGCCGCUACUGGGAGCCCGCUGGCCCUCCAAGGGCUCUGGUGUUUAUCGUCCACGGGGCCGGGGAGCAUUCUGGGCCAUAUGAUGAGAUCGCACAGAGACUGAAGGAACUGUCCCUGCUAGUAUUUGCACAUGACCAUGUUGGCCAUGGUCAGAGUGAAGGAGAGAGGAUGAACAUCAAAGACUUCCAGAUUUACAUCAGAGACUCCCUGCAGCACAUUGACCUGAUGAAGUCGACCCACCCAGACCUGCCCAUCUUCAUCCUGGGUCACUCCAUGGGUGGUGCUAUCUCCAUCCUGACAGCCUGUGAGAGGCCCAGUGAUUUUGCCGGAGUGGUUCUGAUCGCUCCGAUGGUCCAGAUGAACCCGGAUUCUGCCACACCGUUUAAGGUUUUUCUGGCGAAGGUCCUGAACCACAUGCUGCCCAGCCUCACUCUGGGAUCCAUCGAGUCCAAGUGGGUCUCACGGGACCAGAAGCAGGUGGAGGCGUAUGACAAUGAUGAGCUGAACUUCCAUGGCGGCAUGCGGGUUUCGUUCGGUAUGCAGCUGAUGGGGGCGGCGGCGCGCAUUGAGAAGGAGAUCCCGAAAAUCAGCUGGCCCUUCAUGCUCCUGCACGGCGACGCCGACAAACUCUGCGACAUCCAAGGCUCCAAGAUGAUGUACGAGAACGCUCCAAGCUCAGACAAGAAAAUCAAGAUCUACGAUGGAGGCUACCACGCCCUUCACCACGACCUCCCAGAGGUGGCCGAGUCCGUGCUGAAGGAGGUUACCGGCUGGAUCACAGAGCGACUUCCCGCUGUGACAAUGCCAAAACCGCAGGGCUCCUAGAAUCGUGACUUUGACAACCAGCGCUCCAAGGCAACUGCCAAGCUCGUCCCAAGAGGCCUGCUCACUUUCCAGUCAGGCAUAACAAUACUACCACUACACUCUCUGCUCCAAGAAAUACAUUUGGGCACAUAGACUGACUUUAUUUUCUCAGUAUGAAACAUUUACUGACUUUAUCCUCUGGGCAUAUCAGUCAGUUACACUGAUUUAAAUUGGAUGAUGGGGUCAGAAACCACUUCUUAUUGUAGAUACCUUUCCCUGCGGAUAUAUGUGUCGCAUGCAUUUAUUUGCUUACUAUUUUAUUGUCUCUAUUAGACUUCACUGAGGUGCAGCUCACGUUAAUACAGUUUAAGCUACUACAGUAUGCUGGGGUUCCAAGUGCAAUAAUACGUUUUCUUCAUCAUUUAUACAAACAGGCUAAAUAUUUUUAUGAAGUAAUGGCAAAUUUAACGUAGUGCAUUAUUCAUCUGCACAGGCCGUUUGCUUUUUGCUCAUCCACCCUUCACACACAGGUCAGAGGUCAGGAUCAGCUGGAGGACAGCAGCUCUGGAGCUGCUCUGGGGUCAGUGACACUGCUUCACUGUCCUCACAGUGUCAGCAGAUGUUUAAAUAGGUUAUUACAAAUCGAAAGUGAGACUGUUGUUUUUUAGUGCUUGCUUGGAAGCAAUCUCAGGAGAAAAAAACAAUCAGAAAGCGCCAGGAUACUCUCUUCAAAUUAUUCUCAUCUUCCUUCUUGAUUGCAGUGUUUUACUAAUGACCUAAAACGCUGCUGUGACACUUACGGAGUGAAUCAGAAAUGUUUGCUGUAAGCACACGUGACUGAUUUUAUAACACAUCCUCUCUUCUCCUGACUUCCUCUGCAUGACCUUUUUCUUUGGCCCCAAGACAGAUGCUUGAAACUUGUACACUGCACAUGAAAUCCAUGUAAAUUCUGAGGUCUAGUUUUUAACCUAGUCCGAGUUACCAAUCAUAUAAAGUACUAUACUUCUUCCACUUCUAGUUGAGAGUGUAAGGACAUGAACGGAUGCAGAUUAACCAGGUGAAGCUGCUUUGUCUCUCUCUGCAGGUGGGAAUUAGGAAUUAGAGGAAGAGGGCAAAGUUCAAAAGCCCCCCCACCCCCCUCCAUGUGACCUUUGACCUUUAAGGUCACACUUGAUUUACCGUUAGGGUCAUUCUCUGCAGCUAUAACUUUAUUAGGCUCAGACUGCAGACUUAGGUCCAGCUGGAAAACGAAAGGGACCCGUCGCUCUGUCACUGUGGACAAAGAGGAAGUCUCCUGUGCACAAAGCAUCUGUCGUGUGGUGGACACUUUUAUCCAAAUGACCUUUAAGUAAUAUGGAUGUAUGCAUUUCUUGCAUGAGUGGUCACAGCGGGAAUCCAACCUUUCAGAACAAUGCAUUAGUCCUCCGUUUUUUGGGGAAAACAGGAUGUUCUCUAGAAUGGAUUCCAGACGAGGAGAGACAGACAGACAGUGGUCAUACUGAGAAUUAAACUUCUGGCUUCAAAAACACAACUAAAGACACCACAUUAAUAUUAAUUGUGAGUCGACUAAUACUAUAAUUUUUUUUUGGGAUUAAUCUAUUUAUAGGGCACAUCUAUAAAACUGAGUCUAUUCACAAAGAAUCAUGCAAAAGCACCACUUUAACCUUCUGUGGUUUGCUGUAUGUUGUGCCAUAUGUUUCUUGGAAAUUCAGCAUGAAAAAACCAUUAGAAAAGAAAGAAAGAAAAAUGCAAAAUCUAAAACCAAAACAUUCAAUUAGUCGACUUAUUGACUAAGAGAGGGGGACGUGGCCUAUAUAGUCCAUAUGUUUAUGUUUUCAAAUGGAAUUUCAUCCAAUUUAAAUACAUUUUAGCAGCUUUGAGGAACUUUAUAUGAUGAUAACUUCUACACAUGAUGGGGACUUUAAAGACGGAUUUCAGUAUUUGUCUAAGAUAGUUACUGAUUACGAUUAGGACAUAUGUGUGUAGAAAAGGCAACUUUUCCACUUUCAUGUCUCAUAAAAAAAUGUGAAAACUCAAAUUCAAAUAAUCAAAAAUAAUUUAAAAAAAAAAGAUGCCUUUUAGCUCGUAACAUGAAAAGCGUGCUUUUUAAAAAUCCUCUAAAUCGCAUCUACAGUAUGAGUGGCUAAAGCAGUGUUCAAGCUAACAUUUCCCCCUUUUUUUCUUAUUUUCCUAAAGUUUAAAAUUGUUGCUUCUCGAAGUGUUCACAGCAGUGUGCAGCAGUUAAAGUCAGCCCUGGCUUCAAGUAGGUUUUCAAAGAAACCAUAGCAAUAAUGUCACAGUAGCCUGUACUUUUGGUAGCCAUUAAUUAUAAGCUAGACAGACACACACUGAGUUCACCAUUUUAUAUUGUCAGGUAGACUGUAAUUAGCAGGUAUUGCUAUGCGUUAAGCUUUUUCCACCUGUUCAGUGAGCAUGAGAACAUUUCAGCAGCAAGUCAAGAGUUUUAAAGUGUAUCAAGCAUGGAGAGGGAUCAAACAUUUUGUAACACGUGUCUGAGUUUGUUGAAUUCAGUCGUCACAUAUAAAAAAAAUAUGUAAUGACACUUGACAGUGUCACCCAGCUUUUAGCUGUCUUUUCUUGAUUACCCAGAGUUCAAAAGGGCUCAUGCAGAGAGUGUAGGGGAAGCAUGAUGCAGUAUCCAUGGUGACUGUCACUCACAUGUAACCACGGGAGAAUUUUUUUCUCUCUUUUUUACAUGUGUAGUAACCACAGUGAUCACUACAAGACUGUUAGAAUGAGAUUAAUUUCUGUCUCUCUUCCUAUUUCCUCACCCUGUACCACCCUCUUUUGUAUUUUCUUUUUUUUUUAGUUGCUGUGGUGACAAAAUCUCUUUGUUCUGUCCAUCACAGAGCCCCUUGUUCUGCUGCUAACCCAAACAUCUUGUACUGUCAGCCACCCACACUGACCCUAGUGGUCAAUUAGCAGAACAGCAAACAAGUUACAUUUUCAUCCGUUUUUUCCUGGGCCUUUUGGUCAGAAAACUCCCACUUAUUUAGCAGGGGACACAUUAUUUAACCUGUCACUAACUCUGCUCAGCUUAAGACUGUUUUUUAAUCAACUAAAUGGCUUCAGGGAUACAAAAACUUGACUUUUCUGAAUCGGUAUGCAGGGUUUGAUUAGAAAUUGCUCGCCCCCUGACAUACCCUGCAGACACAUUCCAGCUUCGAUCUGUUUUGCUGUUUUUGUCUUUAUUUUGUCUGAUGUUUGCAGGCAGUUCUCUGAGCGUAAAGACACAGUUUUGCGUUGGAAAAUGACAGCUUAAUGAAUUGAGAUCAGCAGGAUAAGUAAGGCAAGGUGCCCUUAUAGUGUACAUUUUCUACACACAAAUCAAAGUGCUUUACAGAACGGAUUAGUUACAAAAUAAAUCAUAAGAUAGUAAAACAAUAAAAAGGAUGGAAAAAAGUAAACAAAUGGAUGUAAAUGCAUGAUUUCCUCAGUUUUCUCAGGCAUCAGAAGAUUUAAACCAGAUGGAAUAUCGGGUUACAUACAGACAUAGAUUGAGAUGUAAUGUAUUCAUUGGUCCCAGUGGGAGUCAGAUCCUUAACCUCAACCUCUUAUCACAAGCACUUCACACACAAUCUGCUCCUGAUUGAGCUUCAGCAGGCUCAGCACACACACAAAAGCUGCACAGUCCCAGUUGUAUUCAAACUGCUAAUAGCACACCUGCUGCACAAUGGAGUCAGGCUGGCAGGAUCCUAUGGAACAGUAUGAAAAGCUCUACCUGAUAGACUGCACGAGAGCAUAUUACUGAGAUGCAGAUGGAGUGAGAGGAGAGGAGAGGAAACGAGGAGAGGAGAGGAGAGGAGAGGAGAGAGAAAAAGAGAGGAGAGAAGCUGUCAGUAACCAUGGCAGCAUGUUAUGUUUUUUUUUUUCUUCAGUGAAAUCACCCGGUGAAAAAUGUGUUUUUGUUAAUGGUGCAGGAUGUACAGCCGACGUUGCUGCUCUUUCAGAGCCGCUUGUUCAUUUCGCUGCUCUGAGGAUUCCCUUUUGUGCGAGCAUCGAGAUAAGAGCGCAAACAAUUACCGUCAUCAGCUCGCAGUGAAUAAUAAGAGCUGCACACGCUCAAUGAAUUCAAAUCGAGCUGGUAUGCUGUUUGGACUGAGAAUCUUUUUUGCAAAGAAUUUUUUUUUUUAACUAAGGGUUAAGAUUUUUCCUUUUUUUUCUAGGGUGUUUGUGUAUUUUUGCCCCCAUCUAUUCAUUAUCUUGACUAAAAAGUGGUGAAUUAAGGUAUAUACCUGAACAUGAAGGAGGAUUCUACCACUUUUUCAAAAGAUUCCAUUAUCUUACUGGCAUGUAUAUUUAUACAAGCAUGAACUGAAUGCAGAUUUGCCAUAGUGAGAGACAGCCAUGUACAGAUGCAUUGCUCUGUUAAUACGUCGUUAUCCACUCGACUGUUAAUAUCUUUUUCUAUUUACGACAGAAUGUUAUGUAAGGGAGAGAAAAUAACAAAAGAAACCGCUGAUUCUAAUUGGGCUGCGGCUUUUCUGACAAAACGAUCGGCCUGCCAGUUUGUGAAUGGGGCCAUUGUUUGUUUUUUUAUCUGACUUUAUGACUGUUUCAAAGAAAAGAGCUGUUAUAUAUGAUGGAGGAGUAAGGGGACACAGGGCAGUCUUUCUGUGAUUUUAUGAGAUUAAAGUGCACUGGAAUUAUUUAGUGCAGUGUUUGCAUGAAUGGGGUCUAGCGUCAGUGCUCAAGUGGACAGCAAGAAUUGAUGAGGUCAGCUCCAAAAUGCUGUAAAUGCACGAAAAAUAAAUUCUACCUUGAGUUCAUCAUCAUCAUGUGCAUUGUGAAAUGACUGAUAUACAGUCAUGGAAAAUAUUAUUAGACCACCCUGGUUUUCUUCAAUUUCUUGUUCAUUUUAAUGCCUGGUACAUUUGCUUGGACAAAUAUAAUGAAAACAACAAAAAUAGCUCAUAAGAGUUUAAUUUAUGAGCUGAUAUCUAUAAUGAUUUUGGUUAUUAUCAAGAAAACCAUGGAAAAUGGCUAGAUAUCAGCUCUUAAAAACAUACAUUGAAGAAAACAAGGGCGAUCUAAUAUUUUUUUUCCAUGACUGUAGCAUUUAGGAGAUAAACCCUGAUUCAUGUCUUGUUGCUUUUAUCAACAGUGUGAUUCAUUCGAUUAAUUUCUCGUGGCCAGACUGCUUGAUUACUGACCAUAACUGUAAUACACUGUAUCAUAGCAUAGCAAUUAACACUUGAUGAAAAUACAAAAAUCAAGACCCCUGAUGUAUUUUACAAAUCUUUUAUUUAUCUUGUCGAGAGUAUUUAUAGGAAUUCAUUUUAUGUAUAGGCUAUAUAUCAUGACAAGGCACUUUUUAUACCAUAAACCAGUCAUAUUAUGUCAUUUUGACUGUUGAUGCUCAGCUACAUGAAAUAACCAUAACACUUUUUGAAAUGUAAACUGGUUCAAGGUUGUAUGUAUGUACAGUCAGGGAUCCAAAAACAAUGUAUGACAAUGAUUCUGAUAUGAUUUUGCUAGAGAGUAUUUUACUACUGUGUGUUGAAGUCUGUUUUGUGUUUAAAAACAAACUCUUUGUCACAGACUAUAAAUGUCGAAACCAUCUGAUAUUGAAAUGUUUUUGUUUUGUAACGAGCUUACAAGUGUGGGAAUAUCUUUUUCUUCCCAAAUUUGCCUUUCAGGAACUUAAUAUUCACUUUAAUCUUGAGGUAUCUCCUCUUAACAAAAAGCUUAAAUGACAUGAAUGUGAGAGGGACCUUCUGUUACAUCAAAAAUAAUGUAUCUGUAUAAUAUGCUUGAGGACUAAAUUGCAGGUGUCAGGUUUUCACAUAACAGGCAAAAUAAGCAUUCCCCACAAUUAAAGAGAUUUUUAUGGAAAUAUGUAUUGUCUGUCUAUUUUUAGAUUGUGGUCCAGUGUUUGUGCCUUAUUACCAUGACGAUUGUGUAUAUGACUGUGUGCGUUUGAGUCCAUGACUGUGUGUGUGUGUGUGUGUUUUGAUAUAGAUGAAGUGUUCAGAGCUGCGUAAAGCAGAUCAGCUUCUCUCUGGUUUUCUGGUUGUCACAUCUGCUUCUGUUUUGGUAAUUGUGUCUGUCUGCUUGUUUCCUCCCGUCUGUCUCUUUCUAUUUAUGUGUGUCUCGAUUUCUGUCCAAUCAGGGGUCUAAGCAAAUUUGGGUCAGAAAAAGAAAAGCUCAUAGAUACCUCCCAGUUCCUUUAAACAUAUGUUUUGUGUUAAUUAUUAAGAAACACAAAACUUUACAUUACAUAUGAUGCUUUUGUGUUCCUUUAAUGAUUGUAACAUUUGGAGUUUAUCUGUUUUUUCCCAUUGGUUUCUAACGGAAAACAGGAAGUAUGCAUAACAUGAUUAUCAUGUGAUGGACAUUUUCUGUUUUCCAGUUUUAAUAGUAUUAACACAAAGAUUUGUAACACAACAAGAACCAGAUGUGUUUUUACUGAGUCCAUGUAGACGGUCCUGUAUGGAAUGAUUUCAUUAUUUUUCCUUGUUGUUUGUUCAUGUUGAGAUACUGGAAGACUGUUGUUAAAAAAAAGACAAAACAUUUUAAACUUUGAGUGUUGAAUGAAAAUACACUAAUAGAUUAAAGUUUCUUUCUUUUUCUGGACCACCCUAAAAACGUUUUCUUUUUGUUUUUCAAGGUUGAAACUAUGAUUUAUAUUUAAUUUCAGCAAAAGCUGUACAAUAACAUAGCCCUAAAAUAGUCACAGUUGGCUUCUGUAUCUUUUGUAAUGAGAAAAGACUGCUACAUGUUUUUUUUUUAUCAUGGGAAAACAACAUUAAUCUAAUCCUAAUAUGAUCAUGCAAUGACAUUAAACAUGAAGUUGAAUGGGGUUUUUAAUAUAAGCAGCACAUCAUGGACCAAAUAACAUCAUUAUCAUUGAAGCAUCACAUUCUUGAGUCUUCCUUGUAAAGUAUGUGUUGUUUGUUCUAACAGUGUACUGAAUACUGGAUGACACUUUAUUUGAGUAGCCGAUGCUGAUAAUUUUUGUUUUUUUCUUCAUCUCUUUAUCCCCAAACUUGAACUCGGAUUUAUAUAGACAUUGCCAGUUCAUGAUAAGUUGAGUAUCAGCAUUAGACAACUGAAUUCAAGUGUGACAAAUGGCUGUAUAUAAAAUGUAAAAAUGGAAUAACUUCUGAACUACUUGUUACUAGAAUGUUCAUAUUGUGCAUACUCUCUUACAGAAUAAACUAAAUGACUGUU